GGUUGUGGCAGGGCGGUUGAAGCGGUGAGAGCGCGGCCCGGUUGCGACCGGUCGGCCCCACCGCUGGUCUGCAGCGCACACGCCGCUCCGCGCCGUCGACGUCGCGACGCUCGCUCGCGCUGCGCCCGUGAGCGCUAUCUCGUAGACUACAUCUCACAAAUUACGAUUUUAAAUGAAAAGCCCCGCGGAACCCACGCAACUACGAUGUUUUGAACGUUGAAAAAGUGUGGGACGUUGCUGACAAAGUGGUUACUUUAUUAUUGUACGUGACGAGAAACGAAAACAACUUAAACUGUUACGAAUUGUUGGGAUCUGAUCCCGCGGAAUCUACUCCGCCGAGUGUGCGUAUUUCGCGGUAUGGCGGCAGAAAUAGCCGUCGAGGAUUUUGUCACCAUUGUCCCGGUCGGUGAAGGUCGGCCAUCUCCGAAAGAUCCAUCAUUCGUUACCGUACUCACUGUGGGUGCUACGACUGGCGCUUCGGAGGUCAUUGUACGGAGGCCACGUGGAGAAAGACUUGGCCUCGGACUCAAAUUUGAAGGUGGAUCAGCCGCUGCAGAAAAAGUUAGAAGACUCUUGGUGCAAUCAUGUGCAGAAGAUAGUCCAGCAGCAAAUGCUCAGGCACCCUGGGGAAAAUUGAUUCCGGGCGAUGAAAUCUUAGCUAUCGACGGCGUUCCCGUUUCAGAACUAACUAGAAUUGAUUGUGUGCGACGCCUAAAAGAUUCAGAUGAAACAUUAACAUUAUUAGUGCGUCAUUUCGAAAUGAACGACAAAGAAGAAAAUAGUGUUACGACGAAAUCUAAAACGACAUCGAAACAAUCAACUGAUAUUAUUCGACCAACGACUUUACCACCGCCAGUGCCUCCAAGAAAGUUAGGGAAAAAGAAUUCCUUUAAAGAUAAGCUCAUAACUUUUGGAGAACAGAAUUGUAGUGGCAAUGUGAACCCACCAAAUUUUAAUACAAACGAUAAGGAUAUUAUGAACGGAAAGCACAACGGAAUUUCUACUAUUACUAAGUUAUCUCGUAAGUCGUCUUUUGAUAGUCAUAUUCAUCGUCAAAACAAAGAAAGCUUGGCUUGUUUUAAAAAAGGUUCACCAGAAGAAGUAAGACGACUAGUACGUAGAUUGUCAGACGGUAAAGCAGUGCCCCCUGAUGCCGAAGUAUAUUUAGAUUUAUUGUCAUCAACCGAUUGGGAACGCUGCUUAGUAUUGGCUGAUGCAGAGUCUGAUGACACAGGCAGCUCCAUUUCAACAGUAGUAGACAGACUUGGGUCGAUGGCGAGCUCGGUCGAAAAUAGUAUUCCUUCUACACCGAUAAUGCAACCAAAAACUAUUGAUAUCCAAAAAGUGUUGAAUUGUAUUGAAAAUAUUGAUACUAAUAUUCUUAAAGAUAUCACAAGUAAACAAUUUAUGGAGAAACAAUAUGAAAAACGAGAAGAGUCAAACAAUGUAGACAAGGUGACUCAUGGCAACAAUACAAACGUUUCAACGUCAAUGUCUAGCGAGGAAAAUAAACAAACAGCGACAAAACGAUUUUUUGGCAGUGACAAAAAUAACAAUAGUACAAACCUUGCAACUAAACAUGAGAAUAUCGACACAAAUCAUUUAAAAAAUAACGAAAAUUCCGAUCAGAUUAUAGAAAAACCCAAACCCAUGCCACGGAACACGAAAAUAGAGAGAUCGGUUAGUGAAAGAAGACCCAAACGUAUUCCGGUGCCAGACGUUUCGCCACCACCCAUGCCCGAAUCAUUACUGACACCAACAAAAAAGAAUUGUAUCGAAACGUGGUUGCAGCGCUCUGAAGCUGAAAUGAAUAACACAAACGCAGAAAAAAUUCAAGAUACUACGACACAAGAGGUGCUACCGCGACUAAUUGAUUUCGUGCCUAAGUCUCAAUUUAAAGAGAGCAGCAAUGAUUCGCCAACUUUAACGCGACCCACUACAGCGCCGCCGCCGCCGCCGACUGAAACACGAGAAGACGGCUCUGGAGCAUCACUUGACACUAUCGGAGAAUUAGACGAAUCAACCGACGUCACGGACAGCAUCAAACCAAUAGUCGUCCUGGAGACAAAAGAGCGAAAAUCGUCGUUUGAAAGAACCUUUUGGGAAGAUCGUACCAAUAAAAGUGAUGCUGAAGACAAAAGUCUUUCUAACGACGAAACGCCACUUCCUUCAUGCCCGAGGCAGCCACCAGAUGGCGUUGAAACUCCAAGCGAUGCAGUAGAAAAAGUUCCAGAUUUGCCCUCACGAUUGCCACCACGGCUGCCUCCCGGCUGGCCUGGCGCGCGUUCACGCUACUCGUAUUCAUCGAGAUCACAGGAUGCUAGGAGUGAAGCCAGUGUUAAAGAUAAAAUUGCAAUGUUUUCAAAUGACAAAUCUACAUCUACAGAAAGAAUAGACAAAUGCGGUACCCUUCCAACGCGUAGUUCUUUAGCUGUGAGAAAGAACAGUACCUCAUACAUUGGCAGUUUUUCAGACGUUUCUUCAUUGGAUAGACGUCUAACCAAGUCACAAGACAAUCUUGAUGAAACUCCCCGUGCUUAUAAGAGACAAACAGAAAGACCAGAAGUUUUAGGGGGUGUUGAAAGUGUGAACUAUUCUAAUUAUAGCACGACGAACAUGAACAUGAAGCCCCUCCAAGCUAACAAUAAACCAUUGUUUUAUGGAAGUAGUACUGUUUUAUCAUCUAAGCCGGAAACAUCAUUUGUAAAAAAUGUAUAUCAUGCGCGCAGCGUUAGUGAUGAUAAUGGCAGUACAGUUAAUAAGUCCAAUCAUAAGUCAAACUUAGAAUAUCUCAUCGAACAAAGAAAGAAAUCAAUGUCCAAAUUAAAGGACUUAGUUAUUCCUGAAGUCCGCGGCCCAAUUGUUGAUUUACCAGAAAUAAAGGUACAAGAUUCUCUUACAAAAUCAUUACAUUUGAAAUCAGAAAAAAAUUCGAACAGCUCUAAAUUGGAUAAAACAAAUAGUACAAAGAUUGUGCCCCUUAAUGACAAUAAAUGGAAAGUUAACCUUUUACCGAACAACAUACCGAAGUAUUCGCCAGCCUUCAAACGAAAAUCAUUACAAGUAUACACUCCUUCGUCACUGUCUAAAGAAUCUACUCCUGAACGUAAUUUCAACGAGCGAGUUGAGGCAUUUAAUAAAAUUAAUGUAAAAUCGAAUGCACUAAAUUCAAUGAGAUCUUCCCUCGAUUCUGAUAUAAGAAUCGGCCAUUUAUCGUCUUCAGUAAUUUCCAGGACUUUAUCAAACGCUACAGAUUAUAUGAAAAAGGAUUACAAAGAAGUUAUCAAUUACGCCAGAGAAUUCAAAAAUGUUGAAAUUAAAAUGUGUACUGCUACGGACGUUGUGGAUAGCGAUAAUGAUUCUGCCAUGAGUUCGACUCAGUCAAGUUAUCGAUCCUCAGCUUCCUCUCCAAUGCAUACAAUCGAGAAUAUAGAAUCUGAUGGUGCACGUUUAUCCCCAAAAAUAUCACUUUAUUCCACCUAUUCGGUAAUAAAAUCUGAUGUAGGCACAAAGCCUACACAGUUAGAAAGAUCUUGUGAUGAAUAUGUUAAGAGAAAUAUAUGCCGUUCCGUGUCGUCUGACACCAAUGUUUCCUUGAGCUCCUCAGCGGGUUCUGCAGCAACAUCAGGGUCACAAGCAAGUUGCAGUUCUCUAGAAAGCUCUGUUGCCGACUCAGAUAAAAGAAGAGCUUCGAAGACCUACGAUAUUGAUACAAUUAAUCGGCGAAAUAUUCUUGCUUCAGCGAAAUGCAGAAGUGGACGAGAUGCUAAACUUAAAUCGCCCGUUGUCGAAGCUAAAUUCUCUCACGAGUCUGGUGACAGGUCUCCGAGUCCAGUAUUUAAAACGUCUGAACGCCUUUCUACGCUCACGCCAGUGGUGAGCGCUAUAUCGAAUAAAGGUGAAAACAGACGACGUAAUAAAAUUGUAGCUGAAACUGACUCAGAUAGUGACAGCGAUGCUAAUCUAAGGGUAAGGAAAGCUGAAUAUAAAAUAACGAGAUUGAAACGAAACUCGAGCUCAUCGAACAAAACGAAGCAAAAUGAUGCAAAUUUAGAAAGUCCGAAAUCAGAAGAUGCUCCUAAACUCAUUUCUGAAACAAUUAUAAAAGAAAUUAAGAAGGCUGGACUUGAUCAAUACAAAAACAAUAAUACUAAAGUCGCUCAAUCUAUACUUGAUAAAAGUAAAACUGAUGUUAUCAAAACUGAAAAUAUUUUGGAUACACAUGAUGAAAAUCGUAACAGUAAAAUUGAUUUUAAACAUAAAGAAAUAAAAAUUAACAAGGAUAAGGAGUUGAUAGUAGAAAAAUCAUCUAACAAAACAAAUGGGUGUCAAGAUGAGUUAAGUAGUCAAGCCAUCGUUAGACCUGUGAAAGAUGUUAAAAUUACAACACAAUACAUUCGACUCAAGCGUGGAGCUGGUGCAGGAGUUGGAGUUAUUUUAGCUGGUGGUAUUGAUUGUGAAGCUAAAGACGUUACUGUACAUCGAGUAUUAGCAGACAGUGUUGCAGCACAAGCAGGAUUAAAACGAGGCAUGAAGAUACGUAGCAUCAAUGGGUGCGCUACGUCUGGUUUGACACACGCGCAAUCUGUCAGUAUUUUAAAGGAGCAACGCUCUGAAGUUGUUAUUGAAAUUGAAAAUGAACCUCAAGAAAGUGCUAGCACUGUAAGAGGCGGCUCUGACAAAGCGGAGUCGAAUGUCCGGCAUACCGAAAAAGAGGUAGCAAACAAUAAUCAAACGUCAGACGCUGUGGUGUCUGUGGUGCUGGAAAAGGCUGGCGGAGGAGCGGGUCUAGGUUUUGGUCUUGAUGGAGGCAGAGACUCUCCACGGGGUGAUUUUCCUCUUACCAUUAAGAAGCUUUUUGCUGGUGGUGCAGCAGCGUUAAGUGGGCGUGUUCUAGUCGGUGCCGAGCUACUUUCGGCUGGAGGGCAGUCAGUCGAAGGAUUCACUCGUACACAAGCUUGGGCCGCACUCAAAUCUUUACCGGCCGGUCCUGUUACGCUGGUUCUCAGAAAUCCUAAACAAACAUAAACGUCAAAUCCACGUAAACGAUCUGACAUUUAAGAUAAAUACAGCUCUAAUAAAUUUAGACUGUAAUUGCACUGAGCGCGUAUUUGUAAAUACACGAUCGAAUAUUAAGACUGCAAUUCGUAUUGUUGAAAUUGUUUAUUUAUUGAUUCGAUUUAAUUAAUCCUAGUCUCAGCGCCUACGCUGCGGUGGUACAGUUCGGAACUGUGCAAAUUUUGUACUUACGAAUGACAUUUUUAUUUAAUAUUGUGCCAUUAAUAAUGUCUGGUUAAGAACGACGCAUUUUAUUUCGUGAUCAAAGGUAUGCUCAAAGCAUUAUGUUGGUUCUAUGCGUUAAUGCAGGCAUUUAGGCAGCGUGUAUUCCUGAGUGCAAUUUUUCAUUAUAAAAUGCCGAGAUCGAAGUUAUAAAACAGUCAAUUCAAUUGUUAUGUAAUCUUAAAUUUAAGAUAGUUUUAGUAAGUACUAACAUAAUUCUGCUUUUCAUGCGCAUAAUAUUAGAUGCUAUCGGUAUAACCAAGUUACGUUUUAUUUAGUUUUGAACCUCUUGUUUUGUUGUAUUUUUUUUAUUUUAUUACGAUCUGUAAUGUAUAUGAGCAAUGCUUGCCAUUUAUAUUCGUCUGUGAAUAGCCUUAUCUUACCACUAAACAUAUUUUAUUGUAUGCAAUACAUUUUAGUUUUUGAAGCAUUUUUGUAAAUAUUCUUUAAAUUACUUUACUCAUUAAUAAUAUUUAUCGAAAUUACUAAUAAUAAAAAAAUAUAAACCUAAUUUUUUGUCGAAAAAACACUAAUUGUUGUAUUUUGCUAGUGACUAUUUUAUGCAAUCUCAAAUAUAGUUUUCAUAUUAA